AGGACCAACACAGAGACACCACCUCCCUCCUCUUACUCUAUUUUUUUCCCUCUCUCUCAGUAUUCUCUUCAUUUGCUCUUUAGUGGGGGCACAGCCUCCACUGUCGAUUGGUAGCCAGUUACAAAUGUUACUAUUUUGAGAGACUGUGCGCAGCAGCAACCGAUCGAAAACGAGGCAGAGAAAAGACAGCGCGAGCUUUGGCUCUCUAAUUGUCAACAUUAAGUGUGCAAGGAUGAGGACUCGCAGUGGGACUUGAACCGGCAGCUGACGCUUAGAUGAGCCAUUGACAUUUAAGUAGUGAAAGGCGGACACACGGUCAGAAGGUUGCAGGUGGAUCUCCCAACAAGAUUUUUGCAAAGGGGAAGGAGAGGGGGAGGCAGAGGUGAAGAAGCAAAGAUGGCGAGUUUUGGGAAACUCACAGACUACUUUAAUCGGCGCAAGUCUCGGGAGGAGUUACGAGUGGACAGGAGCUCACGGAGAAGUGGCAGUUACUGCUGCACCGUGGCGGAGGCCAGGUCUUUGGAAAGGAAGUUGCAGAGACCUCUACUGGCGAAAUCCCGCACAUUACCCAGCAUCCCACAGUCCCCUACAGUGUCGAGGGUUCAUCCCACUGAACUCAUUGGUGGAAGUCCUCCGCGCAGAAAGAACCCCGCUAUCGAAAGCAGCAGCCCAAAAGCCUGUACUCUUCCACCUGCAGGGGACCUGUGGCGUUUGGAGGAUGACAUGGAAGGCGAGGACGAACCGGGGAACAGUGGGAGCUCUGAGGUCCGGCCUCGUUCCCAGUCGCCCUUCUCUCACUUCCGAGCCCGUGCUGCCUACCUCCGCAAAAGUGUGUCGGCGGACGACAACCUGGACAUGGGUUCGGACUACAACUCAGCAGCGGCUCCAGAGGUUGUCACUCGCAGAAGCAAUAAGGGAAAGCUGAAGAGAAAAUUUAGUCUGGGUUCUGCGGAGCGCAAGGAAAAAAAAUCGGAGUCAGGAAUCUCCAAGUUCACUCACCGACUGUCUCUCAAAGAACGUCCAGCCAAAGUUGAGAAGACAUCAGCUGACAGAGCUCCAGCCUUCCGUCGACGAUCUCUCAGUGUGGAUUGGGCUGAUUCUGCCAAGAUGACGCAGCCAAUGAGGGGAGACCAGGCGCACCAGCCCGUCCCAGCCCGAAAAUCUGCCAGCCUGUCGUCGCCAAGUGCGGCUCGCCGGCUCUACCGCAACUUGUCUGGAAAGUUCCGUGUGGGCACCAAUCCUCAUUCCCUGGAGGACAGUGUUGGGUCCGGACGGGGAGGAGAGAAGGAGAGGCUGAGAAAAACCACCAUAUUCCAGAGCAAUGAUGCUUUGUUCGAGGCAGUGGAACACCAGGAGUUGGACUUGGUGCAGCUGCUUCUCUCCCAGUACAGUCUGGAGGAGCUGGACCUCAACACCCCCAACAGUGAGGGUCUCCUGCCGCUGGACAUCGCCAUCAUGACCAACAACGUGCCCAUGGCCAAGCUGCUGCUGAAAGCUGGUGCCAAGGAGAGCCCCCACUUUGUGAGCCUGGAGGGUCGAGCGGUCCAUUUGGCCACUCUGGUUCAAGAAGCCGAGCAGCGGGUCUGCGAGCUUCAGACCCAAGUUCACAGCGAAGGCCCAGGAGAGCGGGAGACCUCUGACAGGGAGCGUCAGUUGAAAGCCUGGGAGUGGAGGCUUCGGCUUUUCAGGCGCAUGCAGACCGGCUUUGAGCAUGCAAGUCCCCCAGAUGCUCCCAGCAGAGUUCGGUUGUCCGUCAGCAGCAGCGGCAGUCUGCGAGUAGAUUUCCAGGAACCUCUCUGCGUCAAUUCGGCUGUUGUUACCAAAUACAAAGUGAGCUGGAGCAGUGCCCCGUCAUUCACCCCUCCGCUGGGCGAGAUGGUCGUGGAGGACACCAGCCUGCUGCAGUGUGACAUCACAGGACUCACAUCUGGGAGCCACUACUACAUCCAAGUGUCGGCCUACAACAUGAAAGGUUGGGGUCCAGCCCAAGUGUCCACCCCCACCUGUGCCACCCCUUCUAGCUGGAGGGAUGUUGAUGGCCGUUCCCCUCGCCAGAGUGGCCAGAAAGAGGCGUUGGACCAGCUUCUUGGCCAAAUAAAGGAAGCUCAUCGCAACUGCCUUUGUCAUGAACAGUGCAAAGCGCCUUCACAAGGCAGAAAACACUCUGUGUCCAAAAGCCUGCGACAUCUUUUCCAGCCCACCAGCAAGUUCGUGAAAAGCCUGAAGAGAGGGCUCUAUCUGACCACCAUAUUCUACAGAGACGAUAACGUCCUGGUGACUCCAGAAGACCAGAUUCCCAUCGUAGAAGUUGAGGACUGCUACUCAAGCUCACUAAUGCAAGACUUCUUUUGGUUUACAAAGGUCUCAUACCUGUGGGAAGAGAUUCCAUGGCUGCAGCAGUGUGUCAAUCCUUCCCAGUCGUCAUGCUCCUGCACUCUCCAGACCCGCCUCAAGAUGCUUCAAGCUGUCUCACUGCUACAGGGAAUGCUGGGCACACAAGACCUGGGCCAAGUAUAUUACGAGCCCAUCAAAGACAAACAUGGGAACGCACUGCUGGUGCUGUUGAAGGACAUGAGUUCCUGUCCCAACCUGGACGGUGUGCACUGGACACAGCUUUGCAAACUGCAGCUGCAGCGAAAGUCCAUCUCCUCCCCGGACGAGCCCACCGCCCUGGACAUGCUCCUCAUCACCCUGCACGAGAAGCUCGCGUACCACAGACGCAGCAGGAAGAUAUUGUCUCCGGGACUGUAUCUCGGCUACCUAAAGCUGUGCACGUCAGUGGAGCAGAUCAGAGCGCUGGUGCCCCAGAAACUCCCCAAUGUCCUCUGUCAUACCAAAGUCAGAGACAACAGCAACGUGUCCAGAGAGGAGUGGCAGUGGCUGCAGGCCCUCAGCUCCCUGGAGGAGGCCGUGGAGAUGGAUGAGGAUGUGCAGAGCGCCCCACAUCUCCUCCUGCAAGAUCUGCGUGGUGCCAUCAAGGACCUGAUGGCCCACAUCAACGUUCCAGCCAACCAGGUCCAGGACUUCCGGAUCUACAGCCAGGAAGUGUUGGAGUUUGGAGACAAAGUGUCCUUCUUACUCCUCCUGCCUCCGGCAGAUGAAGUUUGCACUGCUCCUGGUCAGAAUAACCCCUACACUCCCCGCUCAGGCUUUGUCACACUGCCCCUGCAGAUCUUUGAGCUAGUUCACUUCAAUGCCUAUUGUCCAAGUUUCAUCGGCCAGUACUGCCGAGUGUCUGCUCUGCUGGAGCUGGAGUCUCUCAUGUCCCAGCAGGCACUGAGGGAAGCCUUCUCAGAGUCGGAGCUCAUCGCCGCCAGGAAGAAGCAUCAGCAAGUCCAAGAGCACAUUCAGCAAAUGGAUGAGGUGUGGCGUGAUGCCCGGUGGAUCAUGGAGGCGCUGCAGUACGCCCGCUACAAACAGCCAACUGGAGGCGUCUCCAUCAGCUGGAUAAUUGACUUCUCCAAAGAAGUGCUGCCUGACAAGCCCGCGUCCACGUCCUCCCAGCCAGACUUCAUGCCCUCUCCUAUGCACUCUCCAGACCACUGCCGCAAACACUCAGAUUUCACCGGCUUGUCCGACGAGGAGGGGUCCUCUGAAGUCUUCUUGACCACUGACAGUGACUACGACUCAAGUCGGGCGCAGAGUCCCCGUGAGCUGGACCUGCUGCCCUCCUCUCCGCUCUCUUCAUCCGCGCCGUAUGAGUCCCGCGCGUUUCUUCGUAGCGAUGGGAGCGGCUCGGGCCUAGUGGGGUGUCCGAGCAGAGGCGGGCGUGGAAGCGGAGGACUGCGAGACUCCACUCCUGAUGUCCUCCAGGCGUCUGAUCCGCAGCACGGACAGGAAGCUCAACUUUGUGGAGGGGUGGGAGCAGUCCGUUGUGGGAGAGACAGGCGACGGGGGGCUCCGGAGCUCUUUGACAGUGACUUCAUUUUACCCAGCAGGCAGAUCGAAUUGUUGCACAUCACGGAAAAGAGACAAGCUUUUUGUGUCAGGACCAGCAGUCUGGAGUUCCCCCCUAGUGGCACAGCCCACCACCAGCAUAACCCCCACCACACAACCUGCUCCUCACCACCCACUUCACCACAGCGAAGAUGGCACCGGCCUUCGUCUGUGGAACGGUGCUGCUCCGCGGGCCACUGCCAGCCUCAUCGUCCACCAGCGCGGACGCUAUCGGAAGACAGCGGCACUCAGAGGCUCUCGUCGCCUGUACCGGCCUCUGUCAGGAGGAGCUGCCACGCCACACUCAGAGUUUACCCUCAGUACAGCACCGGCCUGCCCAAAGAAACCAGCGUCAAGCUCUGUGUGACCCCCUGUACGUCUGCGAGGGAAAUGGUGCAGCUGGUGGUGCAGGAGAUGAAUGUGGUGUCUCGCCGCGUGCUGGGGGGCAGCGGCGACCCGGAUACGUGCGUGUACUACAGCCCGGAACAGUUGAAGCACUUCGGCCUGGUGCUUGUGGUGGACAAUAGAGAGAAGUGGCUACAGGAUGACUUCUGCCCGCUGGAGCUCCAAAACCCCUGGCUGAGGGGAAAGCUGUGCGUCCGCAUUAAAGAGUAUUCACCGCUGGCUCUGCAACACAGCCGCGCCACCACAGUGUGACAUUUUAAAGACACUUAUUUGGAAGAGACGUUUAUACAAGCUGUCAAUAAAUUGCACCUUUUCCUCUGUGGUUUGGUGUAUGUGCGUCGACUACUGCAGCUGUCAUUGAGCCUCUUCUCCACUAUUUCCAUGAAGAGUUCUCUUCGUCAUGUGACCUCUUUUUACGAACAUCAGCGAAACUCAUAUGGGGACCAAAUGAACAAUCACUAAAUGGAACAAAGAGGAGGCCGUUUUCUGUGCUGUCAGAAGCCAUUCCACUGAACCUAGUGAUGGCGAGAAAGAUGAAUGGAGCCCUUCCCUGACGUCCAGCGUGAGUGACGCCAGCGCAUCAGGCCAGAAUUACACAGGCAGCGUCACCGCCUCCACAGUCACACGUGGACAAGGUUUUCCCUGUGAGCUCCCCCAGCGUGUCACUUCCAAAGAGCUGCAGCUGCCUGUCCCCAGGAAGUCGACCAGGCCCACGGGCCUGGAAGAAGCUGCGGUGAAGAGAGCUGGCAUCUCUAGCAGGAAUGAAAGUGGACUGAGGGUUUGGGUCACCGGUCAGCCGUCGGCUCUUGGCUGUACAGUCCUGUCGAGUAGCAACGGAAGUCGUGCUGUGUAUAGUGGACGCAAUUUUAGCGUAGCUGACUGAUACUUAUUGUGGGGUAAUAAACGACUAGCUAAUUUUCAAAAGGAGGAGAAAAAAAACAAGCAAUACUUGACUCAUGUUGUGUUUCUGAUCGAUGGCAAAAAAACGCAUGUAAAUCUUCCACAGUUGUGCCGAGUCCAUCCGAAGUACUGUAUUCCUGCUGUGCUGAGAAGUUAACUAGUUCAGUGUUUUUCUCUGUUUGGUUCAGUGGUAUUCCCAAAACGCAUCAGCGUGUGGUGCCUGUCAGUCUGGAGCAGCGUGGCCCCCAAAGGGAUUGAUUGUGUGGAGGUUCAGCCGAGCUGACUGACUGUAUCUGCAAACUGUCUUUUCCAAAAAUAACACGAGGGCUUGACUGUGGUGGAGAAGGUCCAGAGAAACUCUUCCUCUUAUAUGUAAAUCACCUCCAACACACUGACGAAGGUGCUGUCCAACUGAGGCGACGUCCACACGGCCAGACGGGAUUAAAAGCACAUUUCUGCGCGUCGACUUUAAAAACAGGGCGACUAUAACAUAUGACUGACACCUUUCCAGCAACUCCAAAUUACACCCAGUCUUGGAGGUGAUGCUCCCUAUACUGAGGUCAGUGAGCAGUAAACUGCCAAACUGAAGUCAAACUCACCGUUUAUCAUAAAAUGAGAAAAUGAGUUGCAUUAAUUCCCUUCUUAUUAGCUCUUAGAUCUUUGUGAGUAUUGUGCUACAAAUGAAGAUUUCACCCACAGUUCACUCUUAUAGUACUUUAAAAUAAAGGCCUCCAGUUUCUAAUCCAGAGAUCAAUCUUAAUAAAUCAAGUUGUUCAUGAUGAAGUCACGUUUAUCAACAGUGUAGUUUUGAAUUCUAAUGCUGAGGAAAGGAAUGAGGAAGUGAGGUGGUCAAAAGGAAAUCAAAAAUAUCCUUUGUGGAUGUCGCCUCAGUUGAAGACCAACAGUCUGAUUUUUUUCUGCCUUCAAUAUAAUAACUGUUUAUAUGGAUUUUCAGAGAGGGGAAAAAGGUGUUUCAAAGCGUAUUCUAUUUUUUAUAAAAUAUUCCACUGGACGCCACAACCUUGUAGUAAAUGUAGCAGCAGUUUAGAGACGGUGCAAUAUGGUCCGUGUUAUUGUAGCAUUUCAGUGAUCAACGAUGGCUGCGCUCACCUUGCGCCUCCACCCUUCAAGAUGUGUUUUUACCUGUAACUGCUGUAUAAAAAAAAGAUGCUGAUAUUGUUCAUUUUGUUUCACUGAUGGUUGUGCUAGCGCUUUGAUGUCUUCUUGGUUCAUAUUGUUACAGUUUUUCUGAGGACCAACAUGUACAGAGACAAACAAGGGGGUUGUUUUCUUCUUUUGAAUGUGGGGCUGCUGCUUCAGAGGUGAAAGGUCGCUGAAGGUAACGGAGAGAGUGAGCCAACUACCCAAGAGAAGUUGGGGAUAAAUCCUCCUUGCAGUCAAGAAGAAUAAAUAAAUAAAAGCCUCAUGUUUACAAGGAGCUGUUGGCAGAUCAUCAGGCAAAGUCAUGAAGGAGACAUCACGUCACUUUUUAAAAUUCUAUUUUUAUUGAACAAUAAAUGAAUAUUACGGAAUAAAAGUCGAGGUUGUUUAUGUGGGUUUCU